UCCAUCACACACACAAAUGAAAGGUUCUGAUGGAGUCGACUCAGAGUCCAAUGGUAAUGGACAGAAGCUGCUGAAUGGAGGAGGGGGAGGGGCUGGAGCUGACAGUCAUACAGGUGUUUUGCAAUCAUUUGGGGGUGGAGAUUCACACCUCGAUUAUACAGGAAUCAUUGAUCCAGCCAGCCAUGAUUACCUUCUUGGCCUUAUAGGUGCUGGUGGAUUGGUUCAUCCUUUUGGUACAGAUGGUCAUGUCGAUUUCCCAGGUCACAUGACCUUGCCCACUCACAUGGACUCCACAGUAAUUGGCUCAGGAGUGACAGCAGCUCCUUCUGCAGAACAGAGCAUUCUGGACUCACCUGCAGAUGUUGCUCAUCAUACUUCCAUCAGCACUGACCAGUCAGCAUCAGACAGUUCCUCACUAAGUUUAGGGCCUGACCAAUCCCUGUCUAGCUUUGUCUCAGGCUCCUCCUACUCUGCAGGUGCAUCAUCAUCGUCAUCAAACUAUGCAGUUCACAGUGAACAUACAGAUGGAGCCGACUCACCUGAUAUGAAUGGGAAUGGUCGGCAGUCUCUGUUGACAGACAUGAACGGAGCAGUGACGGACGGGCAGGUUUCCCUCAGUGAUCAUCACACCCUGAGCCUGCAGACUGAUCUCACAGGUGGAGCAGAGUCAGUGACCAGUCUUCACAUGGACCUCACAGCUGCAGGUCUUGCUCAUGGCCAUGAUGUCACAGAGUCAUCACCCAUGAUUCUUCACACAGAGUCUGUAGAUGGCGUCACACACACUCAGAGCCCAGUUUCAGGUGUUUACGCCCACACAGACCUGGUUACUGUAACAGCGGAGUCCACAGUUACAGACACAGUUCCAGCAGAUCCAACAGGGAGUCCUUUAAACUUCAGUCAUUCACCAGUCACAGAUCACACACAGAUGGCUGGUUCCGUCACUGAACAGUACAACCCAUCUGGUCAGGGUCCUGAAGGUGCGUAA